CAGCAAGCGACACUGCCACUCUCUCCCUAGGCCUAUAAAUACCACCAGUCUGGCACCAUCCACAACCCAGGUCAUCGUAGCUAGCAAUCCUAUACAAAGCAAGUAGUAGCAAUAACUGGUUCUUGAUCAUUUUUAUCUAAGUUCUUAAUUUCGAUCGCGAAGGGCCAUGGCGAAGGUGGCGUUGGCGGUGGCGGCGAUGGCGGUGCUGCUGCUGCUCGCGGCGGCGGCGGCGCCGGGGGCGGAGGCGGCGUGCGACGCGCUGCAGCUGUCGCCGUGCGCGAGCGCGAUCAUCGGGAACGCGUCGCCGUCGGCGUCGUGCUGCAGCCGGAUGAAGGAGCAGCAGCCGUGCCUGUGCCAGUACGCGCGCGACCCAAACCUGCAGCGCUACGUCAACUCCCCCAACGGCAAGAAGGUCUUGGCCGCCUGCCACGUCCCCGUCCCCUCCUGCUAAAACCAAACCAUAAUACUCCAGUUCUGCGUGCCGUUUAUACGUGUGUGAGUGCGCCUGUCGCAUGGCCCACCUGCCAUAGACGCCGUCUAUAUAUGGACGUACGUACGUGUCUCGCUUACUUGAUUUCGUGUCUGCUUCGACGAGUUCGAUCGUGCCGUGUAUUGCGUACGGUUAUCCUGCUCUGUAUUGGGUAUGUAUGUAUGUAUGAAUAAAUAAAGCCAGAAAUGCAGUUGUACGAGGUUA